GUGCGCGCUCCCACAAGGCACCGGUUUCUGGGAAGAGACGGAAGGCUGCGGACUUCUUGCUGGAGCUGCGCCGAGCCGGCGAGCCUGCGUUCGGGUGUUCGUCCGCCACCUGUUCGGACGCCCGAGGAUGUCAGCCUCAGGCCCUCAAGGCCAUAACUGGGCUCGACAAGUAAGGAAGGAAGAGGAAGAAGAAGACCCACUGGACCAGCUCAUUUCCCGCUCUGGUUGUGCUGCUGCGCACUUGGCAGUGCAGGAGUGCAUGGCCGAGCACCAAGACUGGCGGCAGUGCCAGCCACAGGUACAGGCCUUCAGGGAGUGCAUGAGCGAACAGCAGGCAAAGCGACGGGAGGAGCUGCAGAGAAGGAAAGAGCAAGCCAGUGCCCACCACUGAGACUGCAUCACCUGCUCUAAGAGGAUAGCACUGCGGAAAUCAGCACCCAGAGAGAUCAUGGGAAGAAGAAAGCCCAAAGUAUGAGCCAGGAGGUGUAAAACUUGCAAAUAGUCUUUGGGACACAUCAGGAGUUUGGACAUGGCUGUCAUAAAGACCUAUCAUAUUUUAAUGGUCAGCCAUCCCACACCCUCACCCAUCUUGUUCCACCCAUAUUUGCCAUGGAAAAUGAAGAGUGGUAUAGGGUGUGUCCCCCCACCCCGCCACACUACCUCUUGGAUCAGUGUGCCAAGUACUGAGAUGAUUGUAGGGGCAUUUUAAUUUUAGAAGUAAAUUCACAAUCUAAAGAUCUAAUCAGGUCUAUCUCUUCAGUCAUGGGUUUAACAACAGCAAGUGUUUCUGAGGCACUGUGUUAGAACUAAUGUGAAGAAUAAUGUGAUCUGUGCCUUCAUAUAGCUUAGGAGUCGACUUUGAGGGAUUGAAAUAAAACAACACUGGAACAACUAACUUAAUUUCCAA